GGUGGUGGCCCCCGGGUGUUUCUUUGUGUUGGAUUCAGCAGCAGCAGCCGCAGCCUCUAAGCAGCAAACCCAUGGGUGCAUGCAAAUUUCCCCAUCAUCAGUGAGUGUGGUGCCCAGCACCCAGCCCUGCAUAGACCUGACACAAAGACCCAGCUCCUGCGAGAGUACACAGAGCCUCAGAGCUGCCAUUCCCCUCCCUGCUUUCCUGGGGAAGAAGCAGAGCAGGUACUAGGAUCACAGCAUCCCUGGGGCAUUCAGUAGUCCGGCAGGAUGGUGAAACUGGGCAAUAAUUUUAGCGAGAAGGGGACAAAGCCUCCGAUUUGCGAAGAUGGAUUUGAUACCAUCCCCCUGAUGACUCCUCUGGAUGUCAACCAGCUGCAGUUCCCACCCCCAGACAAGGUUGUGGUGAAAACAAAGACUGAGUAUGAACGUGAUCACAAGAAAGGAAAAUUUCGCCCUCCAAAGAUUGCUGAAUUCACAAUCAGUAUCAGUGAAGGUGUUUCUGAAAGAUUCAAGGUGACUGUUCUCGUUCUCUUCGCUCUGGCGUUUUUGGCGUGUGUGGUGUUCUUGGUCGUCUACAAGGUGUACAAGUACGAUCACGCCUGUCCCGAGGGGUUCGUGCUGAAGAACAAUCGAUGUAUUCCCGCAGCUCUGGAAAACUACUACACUGAACAAGAUACCAGCGCCCAGGGGAAGUUUUACACAGUGAUAAAUCACUACAACCUUGCCAAGCAAACCAUCACACGCUCUGUGUCUCCGUGGAUGACGGUUCUGUCAGAAGAGAAACUGUCCGAGCAGGAGACGGAGGCCUCCCAGAAGUCGGCUUAAGAGAACCAGGCACAUUUUUUUUUCUCAGUCAAUGUAACGUGAACUCAAAAAGAACUUUAAAAAAAAAAAAAAAAGAAAAAAAAAAAUCAUUGCUCUGCCUCUCAGGCUGUCGAGUAGUUACUAUUCAUUUAGAAAUGACUUGUAUUUAUGUUUGAAAAACAAAAGCAACGCUUCUGUUUAAUGGUAUUGCUGCGCAUACAUCGAUGUACAGAUCAUUAAUGAACACCAAACAGCUGGCAAAUGAAUAACUUCAUAGUAAGAAAGCUUGCUAAUUAUUAUUAUUAUUUUUUUUUUGUUUUAAACAAUUUUAAUUAAUGUGGAUGAUUCAUUUAGUGCCAGGUUGUCCUCUGAUGAAAUAUCAAUUCAUAGGGUACAGUUAUUUGCAGCAAAAUUAAGAAAACCGAUAGAACACUUCUGUACUUUUUAUCCAGUUCACGGCUAUAGAUUAGAAAAAUGGAAAAACCCACAAAACACCAUGGGUAAAAUGUAAACGCCUACGAGGAGAGCAGGCUGUGCAGGACUUUGUGCGAGUGUGCCUGGAUUUUUAAAGCGGUGAUCAUUUGCGCGGCAAAACCAGGUUGGUUUUGCCGCCUAAAGGAUUGUUGCUUUAAAAAUCCAGCCAGUCUUGCACGAAGUCCCGCGCAGCCGGCUCUUCUCGCAGGCGUUUACAUUUUACCCAUGUAAUUAACUAAAUUUAUAAACAAAAUCUUACUAUAAUCAUGCUGUGUCCAUAUGACAAUGAUGCAUAAUCCCGUUCGUUUGCUCAAAGUGGUACCGAUACAAACCUCCCCUUCCACGAACAUGUAUUUUUGUGAACAAAUGAGUAUUUUAUACAUCAUAUAUUUUAUACGUUUAUGAUAAUACAAGUGCAUAGCUAAGAUUGUUUUUAAUAACCAUUAUAUCUUAGCAGAUAAAAGAUGUAACAAAGUUAAUGUGCCCCUUACCACUACAACCGCAGUUUAUUGAUCUAAGUCAGUGACUUGGGGUGUGAGACAUAGUAUGGAUCUUAUCAGAAGUACAGUAUGUACAGAGGGUUUUGUGGGGGUAGACCUGCUUUGACAUCAUUCAAUACAAAUUUUCACUUUAGCAAAUUACAGAUGAACGCCAUUUUGUCAUGCAGUGGACGAAUUGACGUAAGCCAGUCCGUGUAAACCGAAGAUGGGAUGGAAAUCAAAAAAGAAAUACAAAUCUUUGAAAUGUAAAACAAUGGAUAUUUGGGUAUUUUCUUUUACAUAUUUUAGUUCAGUGAAGUAGCAAAAAAAAAAAAAAAAAAAAAAGGAACGUACAUACGUGAGUGGUGGUUGUGAGUGUAGAUAAAAAGCUGUGUUGCUGGUUAUGGUUUCAGUAAAUGGUAUAAAUGAUCACAAACAAUUUUGAGAUUCACUGUUUUACUAUUGACUUCAUUUUGUGCAUGGGCACAUAGUACGGGAAGUAGACCAUGAGUAAAUUCAGUCUCUCCUGGAGAAUGGCAAGGGGAGGGGAGGAUGGGGGGGAGGGGGUGUAGCGGGUCUGGAAAAACACUGGAGCAACCAAUCGAUUUUAAUUAAACAGUGAAGAACCAAUUUUAAGGAGGUCUUUAUUUGUAUAAUCUGUCUUCUGAUUAAACUUAAUUAUACUUCUAGGAGAUACACCAUCUAGUGGUUACGGUUACUUUUGAAUUGAUUUGUGUGUUUAUUCAUGCAAUGUGUAGCUGCGGUGAUCGGAUUUGUGGGCUGAAUCCUAAGUCCUAUUCAUUGUAAAGGUUAUUGCAUUUAAAGAACAUCCAUUAUUUGGGCUGAAUUUACGAGAAUGUACCAAUUAACUCAUUAAGAACCAGUACCUCAUGAAUAUUAGUCAGGGCAUUUGUUCCUAGAAUGUUGAUACUGGUUUAGCCAACAAAAUGGUCUAUGUCACAGGUUCUCAAAGUCAGUCCUCAGAACCCCAAACAGUUCAUAUUUUCCAGAUCUCCACAAAAUCACAAGUGGAAUAAUUAGCUUUACCUGUGGAUCUUUAAAAAGGGUGGUAUUCAGUUUGCCGGCCGUUGGGAGCCCGGCCGCCGGCAUAUCAUGCUACACCCCUUUAAAAAGUGUCAGUGAGUAAUGACUACACCUGUGCACCUGCUGGGUAACCUGGAAAACGUGAACUGCUGGGGUCCUGAGGACCGAGUUUCAGAACUUAUGGUCUAUAUAGCAAAGAACAUCCGAACAAAGUGUAAGACACAGUUUUAAAAUACAUCCAUGGUUAAGUAAUGGCAUAAUGCAAUGUUGUGAUAUGAAUCACACUUUAAUUCCCAAAAUUGAUGAGUCCCGUCUAUAAUAUAAAUGUAGAGCUUUGCUGCAUACUAUCCCCCUAACCAUAAAGGGAUAAUCCACCUUCCAAACGCCUUAAAUGGUCUGUAAAUGCCCUCCUUCAAUUUUUUUGUAAAAAUGCCUUGCCUCAUCUUCCUAGCUUCCUCCUGUGUUUUGUAGCCAUGUAUUUCCAUCAUCGGAAAGAUUAAUCUCACCCUGCACAUAGCUAUUUUCUGUGUAUUCAAUACAGUGGUGUCCCCAAGAGCAACUUUCUAUUGUAUUUUAUGGCAACACAACCACCUUGCUAAUAAUGAAAUCAGAGAGGAAAGUUAUAGGAGGACAGGGCAAGCCAAUAGAGGUACAUUUAUUUGGCGGCAAUGGGUGCAAGGUGCAUUUCUCCAGCAUCGCACAGCGCCACCAACGCUGCAUAUUAUCCUGUGCACCCCACAGAGCUGCACAGAAGAAUCAGCAAUGUCAGGCUACCAUAACAGGCAGAUGCGGGAACUGCACUGCCCACAAUCAGUGGAAAUAAUGUUUUAAACUCAUUUCCUGUUGUAGACUGUGAAAAUAUAUUGUUUUAAAAGUCUACAGAAAAAAAUACAUAUAGAAAGAAUGGACAUUUGGUGAAAACACGGAAUGUUCAGGAUUAUGUACAAAAGGGUAACGACUUGCACUAUCUCCUAGACAUCAUUAACAAUGAACAUAGUCACGUUCCCCACUUUGUGAUCCUGAAACCUCACACACACACACGAAGCUCAGUUAAUACAUAUGAAAUUAAAAUCGGAGCAGUUAUCUCUUAAACCGUUGAAUCAGUCGAGGGAACAUUUACGGUUAUUCACCGGCAAUCAGAAUGCAACCGGUUAUGUACUAUAAAGGAAGCAUACACAUACAGUAGGGUGCUCCAUCAUCUCACUUUAUACAAUUGUACAGGUCAUUCUGAUGUAACACCCUCAUAGCACACACAGGAGUUAGGGGACACUGUACCCUAACUUACUUAUUAAAAUCGGCUUCAGGUCCUCCUUUCUGAAUAACAAAUUAUACACAUUUCACAGGCGCGCUCUACAAACGGUACAGUAUAUGUGUGAUAUCACCUAGCAGUAUGGCCAAUUGGGAUACUGAUCAUGAGAAUCUAUGGCAGAUAUUUCCUUUCACUGUGAAGCAGUAUGUCACUUCAGUGUAAAUAUAUGGAGAAGGGGGGGGGGGGGAUUUAAUAAAAUAACCCAUGCUAAUACAAUUUAAUCCAUUAAUGAGGUCACUAGCUUAUAAUAAAUUUAUAAAAUGCUUUCUUCUGCAUUCACUUACUCCGUACAUUGGCUGUGUCCACCGACACAAGAUCAUAUAGCAGUCCCUUAUGGAGCUACUCCGUCUGUAUCUCACGUCUAGCAGAAACACAAGGGUCCUGUCUAGCACAUCUUCUAGGCAACUGCUACUCAACCCCCCCCCCCAGGUUCCUAGUGUCAAUAAUGUGCUGUUUCAUCCAGAAGCAAAAGGCCGCUGGAAUUUAGCACUGCACAGUCUCCUCUGCCUUGUUGAAAACGCAGCUACAUUCACACAUUUGUCAGUGCCGCCUGUGCAGGUUGAAACCUGUGUUUGCUGGAGUGAGACUGAGCAAUGCAUCACCCCAGCGUUACUUUUAAAGGGGGAAUAUUAGAAAGGUGGGGGUGGCAGGAAUAUAUUCUUCCCUGUUAUUAGCUAGGGGGAAUGAAUAUUACACGUUUAUUUGUUUGAGGCCUUCUUUAAAUAUAAUGUGACAAUAGUAAUCUGGUAGAAUAAAAGAUCACAUAUUUAUGCAACACACAUUCAUGUAACGGAAAUAGAAAUAAAAUCACUUUCUGCAUUUGUGUGCAGGACGAGCACUCACCUUGCUUAGAAGAUCUGGGUAGAAACUCACCUACUCUGUCUCACGUGGUUACGCUGUAGUCUACCAUUUACAAACACAAACAUACUACCACCAUCACUGAUCAUUUAUAUAGUCUGAACACAAAUCUCACACUUUGUUGAUGAAAAAUAGUACUUUAGGGAAUAUAAAUGUAUGUUAGCUCAUGCUGAUUGAAUGUCUAAUUUUGUUAAUUUGCCAGUGAACACUUUUGUUGUUCUUUAUUAUUAAAUAAAACGUGAAAAAUAAA